UCCAGGCCAGCUCCCUCCUAGCAGACUUUUGCAGAAAUCUGAAGAAGUACAUUCGCUGUCUCUCCUGGAGAAAUGCAGCAUCUCCGAGUAAUUCUGUUUUGGGCUUUCUGUUCUGCCUUGUCGGCUGAGGACAGCGAUGACUACAAUCUCAUGUACGUGAAUUUGGAUAACGAAAUAGAGAAUGGAAUCCAUCCCACUGAUGACAGCUCUGCGUGCGACUGCAGCCGGGAGCGCUCGGCGUGGGACCAGCUCUUCACCAUGCUGGAGAACUCUCAGAUGCGUGAGAACAGACUGCUGCAGGCGGCCGAGGAUGUGUUGGCCGCUGAGCUGCGGGGUCUGCGCUCGGAUGUGGCCCGCACGUGCGCCCCAGCCCAGGAGCCUGUCUGGCUCACCAGGACGCUCGACGAGCUGCUGCUGACCAGCCGCGGCCUGACACAGCGGCUGGCCAAGCUGGAGAGCGCCUGGCAGAGGGCUCCCGAAGCGACAGGGAGCGCGCUGCUGCCCGUGCUGGAGGAGCUGCGAGCCCUGCGGAGAUGGGCUGGACAGCGCUCGCUGCCUGCAGGUUGUGAAACAGCACUUUUAUUCCCAAUGCGUUCCAAGAAGAUUUUUGGCAGUGUUCAUCCAGUGACUGAAAUGAAACUUCGCUCCUUCACUGCCUGCAUCUGGGUCAGGGCAACUGAUGUGUUAAAUAAAACUGUUUUGUUCUCCUAUGGCACAAAGAGGAAUCCCUAUGAAAUACAGCUCUACCUCAACUCUUGGUCCACUGUGCUCGUGGUGGGUGGAGACCAGAACAAGCUUGUUGCCAACUCAGUGGUUCCCCUUGGAACAUGGACCUAUCUGUGCGGCACAUGGAACACCGAGGAAGGGGUCACAUCUCUGUGGGUCAAUGGAGAACUGGCAGCCACUGGCUCUGGGAUGGCCACAGGUCACAUCAUCCCAGAGGGUGGGAUUCUACAAAUGGGCCAAGAAAAGAAUGGUUGCUGUGUGGGUGGGGGCUUCGAUGAAACAUUGGCUUUUUCUGGAAGGCUCACUGGCUUUAACCUCUGGGACCGAGUUCUCAGCAGUGAUGAGAUCAGACAAACAAGAGGAGAUGACUCCUGUCAUAUCAGGGGCAAUGUUGUUGGGUGGGGAGUUACAGAGAUUCAGCCACAUGGAGGAGCUCAGUAUAUUUCCUAAGUUUUGAAAUAUCCCAAUUGGAAGCCAAAGAAGAAUAUUCUUACAUACAACCUCAGUGCAUGAUAGAAACCUGAGACCAAUUAAGGGGAGAGCUGAGGCGGAGGGGUUCUGAAGCUCACCUUUGAGUGAGCUAUUAUCUUGGCAAAAUAAGGAAUAAGAAGAUGGAGAAUCGUGUGUGUGUGUGUGUGUGUGUGUGUGUGUGUGUGUAUACUUGGUGCUUUCAAAUUAAAUAUUGUACACUCAAACAUAAUUAAAUAGGACUUUUGUUCAACUGAAAAACAAAACAAAACAAAACUACGUUCUCUGUUUUCCUAUGGGUGGCUUUGUUUUGCCCAGAUAUGAAUUUUUCAUUGAAAGAGUCAUAAAAAUAACAUGUGCGGUUUAUUAUUCAUCAUUAUUGGCAUAUACACUCGUAAAAAUAUGAUGAUGAAGUAUUAUUUAUACUAUGAUGUGAUUUAACAAAAACAAAUGUAGUUUACUUGUUAUAAUCCAGUGUUGUAUUUUGAGGAGAUGGUUG